AUGGUGUCCGCUCUACUCCCCUUCAUAAUUCUUGCUGUCUCUUUCUCCAAGUUCUCUCAAGCCGCCCUCCCAGCUACCUACAUCACAGAGGCCGGCCAUGGGCUCAUGGGUUUCGUCGCAAAUCCGGUUCAUCCGAACCCCUCUCAAUUCGACCGGGUCUAUAUACCCUCAACAGCUCCUGAUCGUGCCCGUGCGGCUCCAUUAUCACCUCCCGACCUCGUCACAAUCGCCCCUCAUCCAACAACUCCUAUGCCUCCACACCCUGGGAAAUUUUACAACGUUAAACCUCGGCUGAUUUUUCCUGAUGAUCCAAAGGCUCCCCCACCAGUCCAAGACACGGUGACUUCCCCCGAAUCCGCUCCUUCAUAUCACUUUACUCGUCCGCUUCACGUCGUCAAACAUUCCUUGAAUUUUCCAGCCACAAGCCAUGACUAUUUUGAGGCUCCUCCGCACUCCCAAGUAGGAUCACUAGAGGAAUAUUUUAGCGGUCGUCCUGCACUUCGCGAAGUGGCUUUGGAGCAACAGAAAGCUAUUACAGAGGGUGUCAUGACACCGAUAUCUGCCGAGAAUCAGAAACUUUGGAGACAGCAGAGCGUAGGCUAUCUGAGUCUUGAGCCCGAUCACCAAGCAGAGAUCCGUUUCUGGCUCGAAAGCCAUUUCCACGAUGGCCAUUGGGAUCCAAAGUACCGGACACGCGUGAUCGCUCACAUCUGGUCCCUGAUGCAAUCCGGCAGAAAGAAUUCGAUCUGGUGGCCUCAGUCGCUCAUCGACAGCGCGGACCCGAAACAUAAUGGAUAUAUCGACAUCAUCCAGGCGGGCGAUCUGCUCAAAUUCUUCGACCGGAGAGCCGACUUCAAAAUCAGUGACCAGCAAGUAACCGAGAUCCUUCCCCAGCUGACGAAAAUCCUCUAUCUGGGCGAAGACGAGCAACCCAGAACAGAGGCAUUGGAUAUCAAGAAACUGAUGGGUUUUAAAGACCGCGAUAAUGUGCCGAUGUAUCAAUCUCGAGUCGGCUACCUCAUGAAGGUCUCUCUGCGCAAGUUCUUCCGCAGAGAUCAGGAUCAGAGAGAAAGGAUCUUGCAAGACCUCAACUUGGUCGUCGGUUCGCCUCCCUCCAAAAUCAUCCAAUCCGCAAAGAACGCUCUCAUGAAAGACCGCCAAUCGUUCUUUAAUCUGCUCACCCCCCAACCCAAAUCGGCCGGCCAAGACGACUAUGCAAGGAUAGAAGCGGAGUUGGCCAAAUUGGGAAAAGCUUGA